AUGGGUAACGUUAGCAGCGUGCCCGACGAGGGCGCAACUCUCUUUCUUAGAGACCAGAAUCGCUUAUCUAUCUCUUCUGCUGUCAUAGCUAGCCCGAAACGGCGCACCUCGAUAAACAUCGUUCCAAAUGCAUUCCCGGCUACAAGAGUAUCUGCAUUACGAAGCUCUGGCGACUCUGCUCCAGUCGAAUUUGUCUUGGACACUGAAAACCCCAGCUCUAAUGGCCCCUCAUUCCUCCUAAAACUCGUGAACGAAGACGAGCUCGUCAUCACCUUCACAUUUAUCAUUCGACAACCACAUGCCGCUGUCCAAAGCCCAGGGAAUAAUACCGAUGUGGCAGCCCCGGCCGACACCCAGAUCAACGGCCUAACCUUUGUGUUUGCUUCAACGCCCCGCGAAGUCGAAAACCUAGUGACCCGCGAGUUCCAUGCCGACCCGAAUCUCCACAAGAACGCCAACGUUGCGCUGGUAGGAAACAGCUAUUCGACCGAGGGCAGCUCCUCAGUGACGUUUGACUGGACAUGGCGCUGGAAACCGCCCAAGACCGCGGAGGAUCGGGGCGGAGGCUGGAGAAAUUCUUGCAGUGUUGCUCACCGGCUGAUAACUUUGGCCAGCUUCUCCUUCUACGUUGCGAGUAGGUAUUCUCCCAGCUAUGCCUCCCCAUACCAAAGCCAGCCCAGUUCGCCCACUCCCCCGCUCCUGAGCGCUCCUCCCAAAGUCCGAGUCGUGUCGGCACAAUCCCUCGAGUCUCAAAUCGGCACCAUUCCGGAACACGAGGAGAUUGCUUCGCCUCAACAGACCAACAACGACCCAAUCAACGCUCUCCCGGCACCCGCCGUUCCUGCGAAGGAGCCCAUCAAGGUGGACGUCUCUUGCCCAAGACCCACGGAGGAUAUGUCGAUGUCAGACGACGGACCGGUUUUCCGGGCGACGAUGAAAGCGCUUGAGCAAAAGACGGGCAAUAUGAGGACGCAGAUGAAGCGGUUGAUCAAGAAGGCCGAAUACGUGCACCAACAACAGCAGGAGGCCAACGACGCGUUUGCCUCUUUCAUGGAUGCUCUAAAGGACGUCUCGUCGACUAACGCCAACGCCGUGCAACCCGCGAUUGAGCAUUACUUUGACAAGAUCGCCCGGGAGAUUUUGCAUUACGAGCGCCAGAACACGGCCAACCUGCAGAAGAUUGUCAUCGACCCGGUGAACAAGCUGUACCAGCUGGACAUCAAGCAGGCUGAGGCUAAAAAGCGCGACUUCGAAGAGGAGAGCAAGGAGUUCUACGCCUACGUGAGCCGCUACCUUGGCCAGCGACACGACUCGGUCAAGGCGAAGCAGAGUGACUCCAAGUACCAGACGAAGCGGCGGAACUUCGAGCUCAAGCGGUUUGACUACUCGUCCUUCAUGCAGGACCUGUCUGGCGGCCGUAAAGACCAGGAAAUUUUAUCCAACCUCACCAAAUUUGCGGAUGCACAAGCUAGGUGCUUUCUGCGCACCGCGAAGAAGGUCGAUGAGCUGCUCCCACAGCUGGUGGCCUUGUCGACUGAAGUCCACGAGGCCGACAAGGAGUAUCAAUACCAGCGCGUCGAGCGGGAAGAGAAGCGCCGGCUCCUUGAAAAGGGCAGCGUCGCAUACACAGAACCCGAACCGCCCGCCACAGCCGCUGGGCCAACUCCCGCGGCCAGCCACAGCCAAAGCCACCAGAACGGAGCAGCUCAGCAACAGCAGCAACAGCAGCAGCAGCCGACGACGUCCGAUACCGAUAUCGGGCGCGCAGACAGCACUGGGUCACAACUGCGACCGACCCGUUCCAUCAACUCGGGCGGCACGCCCAGUGUUGGCGAUUUGACCAGGUCCCCAGGCAGUCUCAGCCAACAUGCUCCUGUGGGCAGCCCCAGCCAGAACAAUAAGUUCAAGGGCAUCCGCGACCUGGAAGAGCGGGACCCCAACCAAGCGGUGCAGUCCGAUAAGGAAGCGCCCAACAGGAAAGAAGGAUUGCUCUGGGCUCUCAACCGCCCUGGAGGGCAUGUUGACCCGAGAAACCUGAACAAACAAGGCUGGCACAAGUUCUGGAUCGUUCUGGAUCAGGGGAAGCUCUCGGAGUACAGCAACUGGAAACAGAAACUGGACCUCCAUAUGGAGCCUAUUGACCUGCGUCUUGCUUCCGUUCGAGAAGCGAGGAAUGCCGACCGCCGCUUCUGCUUCGAAGUCAUCACACCCCAAUACAAGCGAGUGUACCAAGCUACGUCCGAAGAAGACAUGUCGAGCUGGAUUAUGGCCAUCAAUAACGCACUGCAAAGCGCCGUCGAAGGCCGAACGUUCAAGGACAAGCCGUCGACGGCCCACGCAGACCUCGGUUUCAACGGAGUUGAUAUUGGCUCGAUGCUCGUUGGAAAGAGCUCAUCCGUCGGCCACGCCAGCCACUCCAGCGCUAUCCCUUUCCGCCGUACCACCGUCGGCGCGCGGCCUAGCACGUCCCGCGGAAAUAGUUUUGAGGAAAGACCGGACAAGCUCUUGCAGACGCUGCGCGAGAACGACCAGGGCAACAACUGGUGCGCCGACUGUGGGUCAAACAACAAGGUCGAAUGGGUCUCGCUCAAUCUCGCCAUCAUCGUCUGUAUCGAAUGCAGCGGCAUUCAUCGGUCGCUGGGGACGCACGUCAGCAAGAUCCGGUCACUCACCCUGGAUACGACGUCGUUUACGCCUGACAUUAUCGAAUUGCUCCUUCUUGUUGGAAAUAGAGUCUCCAACAUGGUCUUCGAAGCCAGGCUGGACCCAGCGUUGAAGCUGACACCGCAGUCCAACCGUGAACAGCGUCUGAAAUUCAUCACCGCGAAAUACGUCGACCGUGCCUACGUUGAGCCCAUCUCGGCGACACUCUCUCGGUUCGCCAACGCAGAAGACGGCCUGCUCGCCGGUAUCAAGCGCAACGAGAUCCAGCAGAUCCUCUACGCCCUCGCGCUCCGAGCCAAUCCGAACGUGACGGACAAGUCCCGCGGCACACACGCCGUAUAUCUCGCUCUCGCAGCCGCAGACCCGGCCCCGCCGUCGCCCAUCCCAUCCCAGACGCUGUCCGCGCCAGGAUCGGCUGUCGACCGCUCCGUCCCCUUCCCAGUCGCCGAGCUCCUCAUCCAGAACGGGGCCGAGAUCCCGGAUGCCCUCCCGCAAGUGCCCCUUAGUUUGGCGGCGCAGGCGUACAUCGAGAUGAAACGCGGUCGCAAGGCCGCCAGCGAGGCCUCCGGGUCUUACGACAGUCCCUCGGCGGCGGGUCUGGGCCCAGCCGCGGCCCUGACGAGUCUCGGUAGUAGUGGUAACAGCGACAAGGCGCAGCGAGAGCGUGACUCACGAUUGCAGAAGCGGGUCAGUGCCGGUGGGCGACUGGCGAAGACGCCCAUCCCUGAACGCUAG